CCCCUGAUAAUGCAGAAGAUAUAAACUUUACGUAUGAGAAAAACAAAAAUAAACUUGAAAAAGAUUUCAUUGUGAAAAGUAAAAAUUCAAGACCAUCAUCACCCCUUGAUUGUGUGUUAAAUAGUGUUUCGGCACAUAUGCUGACAUUGCCUCAGGUAGAUUCACCAGAACCCAUUACUAAAUCUUGCUCAAAUUUUUUGCCUUACAUUGCAUCUAAUCAAGGAAAUUCUAGGAUUCAUGAAAAGUCUUUGUUGAACUUUUCUGCUCAAAAUGGUCAAAUCUUAGCCUUGAGUAUGCACAAUUCUCCUUUCUUAAGUUCUGUUGUUAAAUAUGAUUCAUAUAGAGCUAAAAAAGUGCACAAGUAUUUACCAGCAACUAGUAGUGAAGCUUUGUCUUCCCGAAAGUUUCUUGAUUUAGAUGAUUGGAUUCAAAAUAGGCCAAAAACAAUGCCAGAGGAGACAGUUUGUAAGGAUGAGCUUGAAAGGAAAACACCAUGCAAGAAUAAACUUUUUCGAGAAGAACGUGGAAAACGAAGAAUUAAGCGAAGCAUUAAAAAUCCUCUGUCAGUCAACUUAUCUUCAGAAGAAAAGUCUGCUCUGUUAAUGAAAACUUUUAAUAAUCAAAGGACUCAUUUCUAUGAUGUGCCAUCUUCUGUUCCAUAUAAAACUAAUUAUGGUCAUUCACAAAAUGAUAUCACUAGUACUGCAGCUUUUAAAGAAUUCUCGUCCUCUGAUGCAUCAUUAAAAAACUCAAAUACAGUUUCAAAUGAAAAAAGCACAAAAAUGUCACUUAGAGUUAAAGAAGAAAAUAAUAGGCCGCAUUCAGGAAGAAAGUUACCCUUUAUUAAAGCUAAGAAGAAAUCUUAUAAAAGGUGCAGUUUGUGUUCAAAAAAGACUGGUUUAGCCACAAGUUAUGUUUGUAGAUGUGGAAAAAACUUUUGUGCUUCUCAUAGGUAUGCAGAAGUUCACAAUUGCUCAUAUGAUUACAAAACAGAAGGGCGGCGAAUACUUCAGUUAAAUAAUCCUGUAGUUGCUGCUUCAAAGUUACCAAAGAUAUGACAAAUAUUUAUAAUUAGUUAAAUAGCUGUUUUUUGUAUAUUUUAUUAAAAAUAAAGAUGUUUUCUAAUUUUA